AUGGACAAGCACAACCAGAGACAUAACGAUAUGGCACUGGAAGAUGAGCCCCUCAGGUCAGAAGGUGCCUACCACAUUACUGAGGAAGAGCGGAGGGUGAGUACAAUUAGCACCAGAUCUAAUGAAGUAGUUGGGCCAAAGCCGAGAGGACACCCAACUGUGGAUGUGUUUGGAGGGGAAAGGAAAGUCAGCUGCUGCAAAGACCAAUUUAACAUAGGAACUUGGAAUGUUAGAACUAUGAACCAAGGCAAAUUGGAUGUGAUCAAACAUGAGAUGACAAUGUUAAACAUCGAUGUCCUGGGAAUUAGUGAACACAAAUGGACUGGAAUGGGACAUUUCACAUCAGACAACUAUCACAUCUUCUACUGUGGACAAGAAUCCCGCAGAAGAUAUGGAGUAGCCAUCAUAGUAAAUCAUCGGGUGGGCAAAGCAGUGCUCGACUACAACCCAAUAAAUGACAGAAUGAUUUCAAUUCGAAUUGAAGGCAAGCCAUUCACCAUCACAGUGAUCCAAGUUUAUGCUCCAACCAUGGAUGCUGAAGAGGCUGAAAUUGUUCACUUCUAUGAAGAAAUUAAACACAUUAUAGAUAUAACACCAAUAAAAGAUGUUACUAUCCUUGUAGGAGACUGGAAUGCUAAAGCAGGUCAGAGAUUAGUACAAUUUUCUGGUCAUAGCAAACACCCUCUUCCAACAGGCUCCAAGAUGACUCUACACAUUAACAUCACCAGAUGGACAAUAUAG